AUGGCGGCGUGCCCGGCUAAGAUGAGUCCCGCUGGGACUAUGGCGAGGGACUUGCAGGCUCGGGGAACGGCCCCUUGGGCUGUCAAACGCCUGCCGGGAAGGCCCGUCUCCGGCCUCGAUUGGAGGCAAAGUCGAAGGGGAAGGGGACUGCGCCUGUCCGUCCUGGCAGCUUCAGCCACAGAGCAUUCGCAGGCAGAUGCCAUCCCACAGGUGACCCAUGGAGGACAAGCCUUUAACAAAAUCGUAGAGGCCUUCCGUUCUGUGUCCACUCUCAAGGAGCGCUACCACUUGUUGACACAGUUCGCAAAGCGCCUUCCAGCCUUUCCUAAGGAGGACAUGGUGAUGGACAAUCGAGUCAUGGGUUGCACAGCCAAGGUGUGGGUUGUGGUGGAGCUUGACGAAGCAGGUUGUGUGCAGCUGCGGGCAACGAGCGACUCAGAGUUGACACGAGGAAUGUGUGCGAUUCUCCAAGAAUCACUCUCUGGUCUCACCCCACAGGCAGUUCUUGAGUUUGACUCAGGGUCACUGAAGGAGCUGGGUCUUGGGACUGCCACCACCACACGCUCGCGAACCAAUGGCUUUCUGAACAUGCUGGAGACUGUCCACAAACGAACACGCAUGCUGUUGAAGGACAUGCCCACAUUUCCCUCCCUGGUCAUCUCGGCAGAUAGUCUGGUGCCUCAGGGUGCCUUUGCUGAGGCCCAAGCCCUGUACCUGGAGCCAGCAGCAGAGGAGGUUGCUGCAUUGGCAUCCAUCCUGAAGGAAAAGAGGGUUGGUGUUGUUGCCCAUUUCUACAUGGACCCACAGGUUCAGGGAGUCCUCACUGCUGCCGCUGAUGAGUGGCCACACAUACAGAUAUCUGACUCUCUGCUGAUGGCAGAUGCAGCUGUCAGAAUGGCAGAUGCCGGCUGCCGAUACAUAGCAGUUUUGGGUGUCGAUUUCAUGUCUGAGAAUGUGAGAGCCAUACUUGACAAGGCUGGCCAUCAAGAUGUCCAAGUGUACCGCAUGGCUUCUGCAUCAAUUGGUUGCUCGCUGGCGGAAGCUGCUGAAAGUGACAAGUACCUCUCAUAUCUUUCUGAGGCGGCCACCGUUCAACCCUCCCUCCAUGUUGUGUACAUCAACACAUCCCUGCGCACCAAGGCUGUGGCACACACCAAAGUGCCAACGAUCACAUGCACUUCCUCCAAUGUGGUGCAGACUGUGCUGCAGGCAUUUGCCCAAGUGCCUGGGUUGAAUGUGUGGUAUGGCCCAGACACAUACAUGGGCCAAAAUCUGGUGCACUUAUUCCAGAUGUUGGCACAAAUGAGUGACGAGGAAAUCAAGGAGGUGCAUCCUGAACACAACCAAGAGAGUGUUCGGUCCCUGCUACCGCGCCUUCGCCACUUCAGUGAUGGUGUGUGCAUCGUUCACCACCUGUUUGGUGGGGAGGUGUGCCAGAUUGUGAAGGAGGCCUACAGCGAUGCGUACCUCACAGCCCAUUUCGAGGUCCCUGGGGAGCUGUUUGAAUUGGCUAUGGAGGCAAAGAAGAGGGGAAUGGGAGUCGUUGGGUCCACUUCUAACAUCCUCAACUUCAUAACCUCUGUGCUGGAGGACGAGCUGGCGGACAGGCGCUCUGCGAAGUUGCAGUUCGUGCUGGGAACGGAGUCGGGGAUGAUUACCUCUAUUGUGAAGGCUGUGCAGAAUCUGCUGAAGGCCCAUGAAGGCACGGACCUCCUUGUGGAAAUUGUGUUUCCAGUGGCCCCUGAGGCGAUCACGACGGACCGACAGGCAUUGAGCGACACCGUUACCCUUCCAGGGGCCCUUCAAGUAAUUCCUGGAGCAGCCCGAGGAGAGGGUUGUUCCCUGGAAGGCGGCUGCGCAAGCUGUCCUUACAUGAAAAUGAACUCGCUGGACGCAUUGGGACGCGUCCUGAACCUGAUAGGGAGCGCUGGCGGCGAGGCACUGCUGGAGGGUCACAAGCCAGAGACGUACGCAGAGUUCGUUGAGGAUGGGGUGCUGAUGUCGGAUGCUGGCUGUCAGCCCAUCCUUCACAUGAGAGGGUUUCAGAAAUCGGGAAAGCUGCCAGAUUCGCUUGUGCACCACAUCCUGUCUCGCUAG